GGGAUGGCCUCGUCCUACUGUAGUUUGGAUCAACCCACAUGGUAACAAAAUCAAAAGUGGAUCUGACGGUUUUGAAAUCUACGAGGAAAUAAUCGGAGACGACACGUUAAGUUCAGUUCUUAAGAAUCCUCACAUGCAAGAAAAACAAUACGGCGAAUAUUGGUGCACUGCAGAGAACAGCAUUGAUGGCUGGUCAAGUAAAUUGUCUAAGGUUACUGAGCUGAUAUACGAAUGUAAGUAGCCUUAGUUGAUACUUAAAGGGGAAAUAUGUCUCGAGGAUAUUGUUUUAGAUCAAUUCUGCAGCAAUGAAGUCAAUUCUUAGUGCCUUUAACCAUACACAAAAUGCUGCGGUAGAGAUAUGAAGAAGAUCCCGGGGGGGAGACUCCGCAUAUGAAAGGGGUGGGGAUGCUCGUCGGAAAUUUUGAAUUAAACCCCUAAAGGAGACCGAUGUGGGCGUGGCCCAAGCUUUUUUUGACCCCUAAAAGAGACCAUGUUGAAACACAGACAGUAUAUAUAUUUUUAUAUUUUUUCACGUGCAACCCUAAACGAGACCUUCACGGCUAAAUAUGAUGGCGUUUUGCCCAGAACACCCUGAAUGAGACCAAAAUCCCAACUUAACACCCCUAAGAGAGACGAAGAGCAUCCCAACCCCUUAUCUCUGUUUAUCUGGGAAGUUUGAUAGUUUAACAGUAUCUUCGUCUUUUUAAUACGUUCAGGAAUUUGGCACCGAGAAAAGGUUCCGUAAAGAAGGGUUGACGAUAAAUGGGAGUUGAUGACUCGGGACAAAGGAAAAUGUCCGUUGUCGGUAUUAACCGGUUUCCGCAUUAUGGGAGUUAAUUUUAGAGAAAAUGAUGCAGAAGGCCUAAACGCAAGAAAGGACCGAACUUACGCGAAUUAGCCCCGCAGCACUUAUUAACUUUUUACUCCAAAAAUGCGGCGUUCAUUUGAGGAUGAUGCUAAAUACUAUGGUAAUACCGCUUAGUAACGUAUUUACGCAAAUAAGCCCCGCGGUGCUUAUUAAUUUUUCUCGCGCUUAUUCGAGUAAUCGCUGUAAUUGUUAACUUAAGAGUCAAGUAACAUUUAGGGCAAAUUGAUAUAACAUUUAGGACUUAAUUACAUUUAAGAAUAAAUGUUACUACAUUUGGGGUCGUUCAGUACAAUAAGCUUUUGGUCAAGACAAACUUGAAAACUGUCCGUUAUACACCGCUCGCCGUAGAGUGGGGUUCCACUGUAAUUUAUGCUACUUUGUGCAAUAUUUUUUUAGCUGUCGCUUAUUCAAUCAAUCCAUCAAUCAAUAGACUUUAUUUUAAGAGGGGAGCAAGUGACAGUAGUGAAAGUGAUGGCCUUGUGGCCCUCUAUAGAAUAAAACUUAACAUAUAAAAAUUAGCAAUGACUUACACUAGAAAUAUUAUAACAUGCAAAACGAAAUAGAAAUAUCUAUUAAUUGUACAUCUUUCUAUAUAUCCAAUACUAUCAAUACUAUCAUAAAAUUAAGCAACAGACCACACUUUCUAUGGGUUUACCGGUGUGAUAACUCACGCGGGAUGUUGGGAGAACAUGAGAAAAGCUUGUAAAUCACAAGCUGAAGGCGAGUGAUUUACAAGCUUUUCGAGGGUUCUCUUAACAUUCCAAAUGGAUUAUAACGCCCCUAAACCCAUAGAAAGUGCUGUCUAUUGCGGUUAUAAAAUAACUUUAAGUUUUCUAUGAGUUUACCGGCAGGUUUUUAACCAAUCAGAACGCGCGUACUAUCUCAGUUAUUCCAUAAUGAGUUAUUUGUAAGUGAGUCAUUCAAUGCUUAUUAUAUUUGGCUCAUUAUUCCACACAGGUCCGUGGCCCAUAAACCCAAAGGUUUCUUCUUCCAAGGUUACGGCAGAUACGUCUUCCAACAAAACCUUCAAAUGCAUGAUUCACGUGGAUCCGGACUAUUGUGCGGAUGUACUGGAGCUACAGUGGCGAUUCAACGACAGUUCAGCGCCAAUAAAAAGCGGGAAAAAGUAUAAAAUACAAGAGAAGAAUACCAACAGCAAGUGCAAAAAAGAGUUUACCCUGACUAUUAAUGACGUCACUGUGGAGGACAAGGGAAAUUAUAGCUGUCAAUCAAUUUGCUACGAAGAAACCACAUUCGUUGUAUUUGAGUUAAAAGUAAAAGGUGAGACAUUAAGCAAAUUCUUAACUAACCAAGCGCCCUCAUUUGCUUAUUGAAGUCACGUGCCAUCUUUGAAUGGGGCUGUUUCCCGCCAUAAGUCUUCUAGCAGGCAAUUCGCCCCGAGUAAGGCAAUGCAAGACAAUCUUGGCUUAUAGAUUCCAAGCCAUGGAUUUCGGAUAUCAGGUACUGGAUUUGCCUGAAAACUUGUACUCCAGAUUCCAAUCGAUCGUGGGAUUCCAGAUUCCUUUAGCUGUAUUCCGGAUUCCACAAUCUGGGAUUCCUGAUUUUACCGGCUAAAAUUUUCCGGAUUCCGAACUCCACAAGCAUACAUUUCCCAGAUUCCAAAAUCUGAAUUCCCUUAUAUAGGGCGAUUAAGCAAUUUAAAAUAUGUGACGUCACGGGAAACGUCCAUUUAAUUUCUGUUAACGUUAAUUUCCGCGCCGUUACAUGUAAUUUACUGUAGCGUUAAUUUCCGCGAUCUUAAUUUCCAUUAUUUUGACCCCAAUCUCUCAAUACCUUCUGGCAUUCUUGACAACUGAAAAAGAGGAGUACUUCUUGUUAGGGAAAGGUUCCGCCAGUAACAGUUAAACCGUGCAGAACUUGAAGUGGCCAGAUUUCUUCGCUUACCCCCUUCGUACGUGUAAGGAAAGAACCAAGACCUUAAGUUUAACUAAUUGUUCCUGAUGUCUCAACAAGUUUUGUUUCUUUGUGAACGUCGCGUUAAUUUCCUUCAUUUUGAAAUGCUAUUUUCUCUUUCGCGUUCAUUUCUUUCAUUGGGAAGCCGUUUUCUACUAAAUUCGCGUUAAUUUCCAAUACCCUAAUUUCAUGGAGCGUUAAUUUGCUAUAACGUAAGGUAUAUUGUUCGAUUAUGAUCGCCAGGGGGAGGAAUUUACAGCUGAUUUCAGUGCUGUGUAUACACCCUGAUUUUUAGACAUGAUUCGACCGUCAUGAUUCGACCGCGAGGUUACCAAGCAGUACAGUAUUAUACCUUGAAUAUCCUACAAGAAUCGAAGCACACAAUCUGAAAGUUACUUUAAUGAUACCUUGAAUGUUUCUCUUGUAGUUCAGAAAAAGAGGACUGUGAUUCAUAAUUUGUUCUCCUUUUCAGACGACGGCCUCUCAUACAAGUCACGCAAUCUAAUCGCAAUACAUGUUAUCGGUUGUGUGGACGACUUAUUCAAUAAGUUUUUCGGCUCUUUUCUCAACAUUUUUUGGGCUUCUACCUUGAUCUUUAAAGAAAUAUCAUAUUUUACCCUUUUUCAAUAAAAACAAAUGUUGCUUUCUUCUAUGUAUGAUUUUCUUUAUUUGUGCUCACUAGGGUCAUCAGUCGAGGACCGAGCAUCAAUGGUCGACAAAACAAAACUUUCAAACUCUCCAGCAAAUUCUUUCACAACGGCAGACUGAUCAAUUUAUCUGUCGAUUUCUUCUGCAAACGUCAAGUUUUCCCGUCAUUUUUUAACCGUGAAGAAGCUAAGUAAGGACGAAAAAGUACCAACUUAAAGAAAUACAAAUUUGCCUCCCUGUUAACUAAAUUUGCAUCACUUUUACAUGUAUUUUGCGGGUGGUAUUCACCGACGGCAAAAUACCGAAACCUUGUCAUACGGAAGAAGACUAAACGAUAAAUCAUCGGACUAUUUCGCUUUUCGCCGUAUUGAUAAUAUUUCGUCCAUUAUUAAAUCGCCUACAGAAAUACAUUCGAACUGGGCAAUCGAACUUCAGGUUUAUCACCUGAUCACAUCGUAAUUUCAGUAUCAUGUCGCCGCUUUCCAGGCAAGAAAGCUUUCCUCUUCAUGUAAAACGCAUUUGUGGGGAUUCUAGCUUCGUUACACUUAUGUCCCUUAGUGCUAAGCUUAAUUUCCUUCCCAGCCAGAUUUUUCUCUCACUGUUUUAGAUCCCACGGCAGAACUCUCAAUUACUGUACUUUUGCAACCGUUUACGUACUGCGAAGCGAUACGUCACGUGAUUAGUGUCGAAUCAUGACCGUCGAAUCAUGUCUGAGAAUCCGGGUGUAUACAUACUGACUAAUUGAUUACUCAUUACAUUAAACGGGGAUAGCAAAGUUGCUCUGUUGAAGAUGAUGGAUUGGAAUUAAGCAUGACAGUAUACCAUCAGUAUACCAUCUGCAUGCAGUCUAAGAGAAAUCGUAGUACUUAAAAAAAUGACGUCCUUUAUAAUAAUACAGUCAACUCUUUUUAAGACGGACACCUUGGGGACCUGCAGUAAGUGUCCGUCUUAUAAAGAGUCAAAUAAAGGAAGUAAAGAAAGGCAGAGACCAACUCUAAGUGUCCGUUUUACAGAGGUGUCCGUCUUAUAGAGGUGUCCGUUAAGAGAGAGUAGACUGUACAUUCCAAAGAAGUGGGCCUAUAAUGGAACCCUGGGGAACACCUUGCUUUACAAAUUUCAGUCUGAUCAGUUACGAUCAAUCUUGACAUAUUGCACGACGUUGAAAAGCGAACGUUUAUUUUCACACUAGAACUCUUUGGGUUGUAUUAUAAGUAACUGGUCCAACGAGAAACCAAUUUAGUUUUUGUCACUGAUUUCAAUGCCUACAGUUGCAGAGUUGCGAGGAACAUAGACUUAUUAAAGACCAUUGUGAACUCACAAAUAAAAUUGGAAUUUUAGGAUGAGGAGCAAUGAGAGUCGGAUGUACUCGCAAGCUAUCGGUUUCGCGUUAGUUACGCGGAGGCCAUUUUCCUCUUUCGCGCGUUAGAUAAACAGAGGGUACGCACGUGGCCUGUCUUAUCAUAAUUUGCUAACUAACUAGAGGACUCAAAUAUGACUAACGGAACCAACAGGUUUACUGUACACAAAAUCUCAGAAAUCUCUGGCACACAAACUGACUCUUACACUGAUUUAUUUUUUUCAGAUGCUGCAGAGACCUCGAUGAACGCUGUUUAGGCAGAAUUUUCACAGUUUAUGAAACACCAGGGGCCAUUUUCUUAAGUACCGAUAAUAAACGGGCCCGGGAAACAGUUGUUAUGAACAGUUAAGGUCGAGGUUUCAUGAGUUUUCGCUUUUUAGUGUUCU